UGGGUUUCCAGUCAUGACACUAUGGACAAUAGCAUUACCUUCUCUUUUCUUCCUUAUACAGAUACAGAGUCCGUGCAGUAGCCUAUCAGGAUCCACUUGUGUUGCAGCCCCUGUGUUCACCAAGUGUCUUCAAGACAUCUGUACAACCACAGGUCAGACUGUUGUGUUUGAAUGUCGAGUCCAGGCCGCAGCCACCGUUCAAGUUCACUGGUACAGAGAAGGAGGACUGAUAGCCAACUCAGAUGACUUCUGGAUCCUGAGGAAAAAAACAUGCUUAUCAUCCAUCCCUGAAGAAGUUUGCACCUUGAUUAUCACAGAAGCUUUUCCUGCAAACUCUGGGGAGUUCAAGUGUGUUGCAGAAAAUGAAGCCGGGACUACGGUCUCAACAGCAAAACUCUUUGUUUCUCCAGAAGGAAAAGAAGUAGAGAAACCAAAGGAUUCUCUAAGGUGUCCCGUGAGUGCAUUUCCCCCACAGCUGGCCCCUUUUCCUCAAAGAGAAAGCUACCCAAAGGGCAGAAAUCCAGAGCAUGCCUCCAGUAGCCUCACACCAGCUCCUGGCCCAGGCAGCUACAGUGAACAUGAGAUACAGACCCCAGAAAAGACCGUCUGUGCCAUCAGCGGAAAUCCCUCUGAGCCACCGCCACAGUGGAACAAUAUUCUUCAAGGGCAGCCCGACACACCCAAACCAGGAGCUCAGCAUCCUCUAGAUCCCGAAGAGAAGGGGCAGAGCCCCGUGGCCUCUGAUUCCUGGCAGCCUCUCCUGCAGGACCCCACCCUUCCAGGAACCGGUCACUCCAGUGACCACCGGCCUUCGCCUUCCACACACCACCUGAGCAUGUUUAACUACGAACGUCCAAAACACUUCCUCCAAUCCCAGAACCCCUGUGCGUCCAGGCUGCAGCCACCGGGACCGGAAGCAUCCAGCUUCUCAAGCCAGACCAAACAGUCUUCCAUCGUCAUCCAGCCCCGAAGAUGUACAGAGCAGAGAUUUUCUGCCUCUGCCACAGUGAGCUCUCAAGUCACCAUGUCCUCCUCUGGUUACCCUGCUUCUCAGCAGCCGGCUGGCUCCAACCCAGGGCAAAGGGUCACCACCACCUAUAACCAGUCCCCAGCCAGCUUCCUCAGCUCCAUCUUACCAUCCCAGCCUGAUUACAGUAGUAGCCAAAACCCUUCCACCAUGGACUCAAACUAUCAGCAAUCCUCUGUUGGCCAACCUGCAAAUGCUAAGCCUGUGCCAAGGACUCCUGACCAUGAGAUACAAGGGUCAAAAGAAGCUUUGAUUCAAGAUUUGGAGAGAAAGCUGAAAUGCAAGGACCCCCUCCUUCAUAAUGGAAAUCAACGGCUGACAUAUGAGGAGAAGAUGGCUCGCAGAUUGCUUGGACCACAGAAUGCAGCUGCCGUGUUUCAGGCUCAAAACAGUGACGCACAAGACUCACCCCAGCAACACAACCCUGAGCACGCACGACUCCAAGUCCCUACAGCACAAGUAAGAAGUAGAUCCUCUUCAAGGGCAGAGGCGAAUGAUCAGGAUGCCAUCCAGGAGAAGUUUUACCCACCCCGUUUCAUUCAAGUGCCGGAAAACAUGUCGAUGGAAGAAGGUAGAUUCUGCAGGAUGGAUUUCAAGGUGAGUGGCCUGCCAGCUCCUGAUGUGUCAUGGUAUCUGAACGGAAGACCAGUUCAAUCCGAUGAGCUGCACAAAAUGAUCGUGUCUGAGAAGGGCUUUCACUCCCUCAUCUUUGAAGUGGUCAGGGCGUCGGAUGCUGGAGCUUAUGUUUGUGUAGCCAGAAACAGAGCCGGAGAAGCCACCUUCACUGUGCAGCUGGAUGUCUUGGCAAAAGAACACAAAAGAGCACCAAUGUUUAUCUACAAACCACAGAGUAAAAAAGUUUUUGAAGGAGACUCAGUAAAACUGGAAUGCCAAAUCUCAGCCAUACCUCCACCAAAGCUUUUCUGGAAGAGGAAUAAUGAAAUGGUCCAGUUCAACACUGACAGAAUAAGCUUGUAUCAUGAUAAUGCUGGGAGAGUUACUUUACUGAUUAAAGAUGUGAAUAAAAAAGAUGCAGGCUGGUACACUGUGUCCGCGGUCAACGAAGCUGGAGUGACCACAUGCAACACCAGAUUAGACGUCACAGCUCGUCCAAACCAAACUAUUCCAGCUCCUAAGCAGUUGCGUGUCCGGCCAACUUUCAGCAAGUAUUUGGCCCUGAAUGGCAAAGGUUUAGAUGUGAAGCAAGCUUUUAACCCAGAGGGAGAAUUCCAGCGUCUGGCAGCUCAAUCUGGAUUGUACGAGAGUGAAGAACUUUAACGCUCCGACCACAGAGUACUCAGACUGCUAGCAAUAGUGUGGAUGACAUUUUCGGAAUACAUCCAUAACUGUAUUAACAGGUUAUGGCUUGAACUAGACAAUGUAACUAAUACACAUUUAUAAUAUGACUUAUCCUCUGACUCUUACACAUUUCUAUCUACUUCUCCAAUUUGCGAAGGCCCACAGAGAAACGGGCCAUCUGGAUUUGUUUGGUAGGAGACUGUCUUUAAAUGUGGGGAUUGUAAUAUUUAACAACAGAGGGAUAUUAAUGCACAUGUAGCAGUUGUUGGUUAUGAAUGAAUAACAAAUGUUUUAAACACAUCUAGUGCUUGCAGUCAGUUACUGGUAUUGCUUAAUACAUAACGGCUUUACCUGUGUUCUCUUAGUAAUACUAACAUGAUGCAGAUUAUCUGAGAACUCCACAGUGCUGUGCCAACACAAUAAAAUUCAAAGAGUUAAAA